UGAUUUCUGUGACCUUGCCCUAGAUACUGCUCAACGUUUCCUGAGGUGUCCACUCAUUUGCCGACUGCCUGGAAGCGACUACAGUGAUUUUUUUGGCCGCUGGCCAUCGCUUGGAGUCCGCCUCAUUCACUGAGGCUCUCACGGUCGACCAAGCUCUUAGUCAAACCGUUUUCAGUUUUCUUGAUCCCAAGACAUGGUGCUUACAAAUUUCACUGGCCCUGGUAUUGGUUUGGGUUUUGGAAUUGGUUGCGGUUUUGGAGUUGGAUGGGGUUUUGGAGGAAUGCCAUUGCCUAUGCUAGGUCUGGGCAUAGGUGGAGGUUGUGGAGUAGGAUUUGGCCUUGGGUGGGGCUUUGGAAGUGGCUUUGGUAGCCAAUAUCGGAGUUCUAAAGUCAUAUUCGAUGGCAUCCAAUUUGAUGCCAAAGGCCAAAGUGAUAAAUCAACCGUUCCAGCUUCCUCAAAGGUGCUUGAGAACUGAUGUGACAGCGAAAGUGCCAGGUUUUCCUGUAACAUUUUGUUGGUUUGAUCAACUUUCCUGUUUAUCUUUUCAGUGAUUAGUGUGUUACUGUGUUCUGAAGUAAGAAUUUUUAAGACAAUAACGAGCUAUUAUAACUGAAUGUCAGAAAGCCUAACAUUUGUUGAUAAUUUAUAAAAUGGAGUUAAUUGAAGGAAUUUUUCAUUA